AGGAAGCAGAAGAAGAAGAAGAAGAGGAGGAGGAGGAGGCGGAAGAAGCCGUGUUUUGCUCAGCCGUAAAGCAGAACGUGUGGCGUCGGAGGAAGGUUAAAGUGAAUCCUACAAGACGCCGUAGAUAAAGCAUCAUGCCGUUCGUGGACGUGCAGUCGCGGCUCGGCAUCAGCCUGGACCGCUGGCUGCUGGUGCAGAGCGGGGAGCAGCCCAACAAGCGGGCGGCACGCUGCCAUGCCUUCGAGAAGGAGUGGAUUGAAUGUGCUCACGGCAUCGGGCAGACCCGCGCCAAGAAGGAGUGUCAGCUGGAGUUUGAGGACUUCUAUGAGUGCAUGCACAGGCAGAAGACGCACCAGAGGCUGCAUGCGAUCCGUCAGCAGCGCGACAAGAUGGUGAAGGAGGGGACCUACACGCCGCCAUCCUGCCACUCAGGCAAGACAGACCAGUCGCCAUGAGGGCACACACAACUGUCCGCAGUUCUGUUCUUGUGUAUAGUAAAUCAGAUAUCACUAUUUCCUGUUCGCCUGUACAAGUUUGCAAAUAAAUGUUAUCAUCCGCUGUC